UACGUAUCCAAAGUACAGUUCUGCACCACAAGCCAUUGAUUGGUUAUUUGAUUACUUAGAAAACAAGAAAAACACAGACAUUGCUUGUGUUAACAAUGCCUGGAGCUGGAAAAGAUAGGAUCCUGGUCCUGGGACCCACAGGAGCCAUUGGAAGGCACAUAGUUUGGGCCAGUCUUAAGGCUGGCAAUCCCACAUAUGCCUUGGUCAGGAACACCCCUGGCGACAAGAACAGGGUAAGCCUUGUCAAAGCUGCUAAUCCUGAAACCAAGGAAGAGCUCCUUCAGAGCUUCAUCAAUGCUGGAGUUAAUAUAAUCGAGGGGGAUAUGAUGGACCAUGACACUCUGGUUAGGGCAAUAAAGCAAGUUGAUAUUGUAAUCUGCACUGCUGGUAGACUACUUAUAGAAUAUCAGGUGAAGAUCAUUGCAGCAAUCAAAGAAGCUGGAAACGUCAAGAGGUUUUUCCCAUCUGAAUUUGGGUUGGAUGUGGACCGUCACGAUGCAGCUGAGCCAGUUAGAGCAGUUUUCGAGGAAAAAGCGAAGAUCCGAAGAGUAAUUGAAGCUGAAGGAGUUCCUUACACUUACCUCUGUUGCCAUGCAUUUACUGGUUAUUUCUUACGUAACAUGUCGCAGCUUGACACCGCUGAUCCUCCUCGUGACAAGGUGACUAUUCUUGGAGAUGGAAAUGUCAAAGGAGCGUAUAUAACUGAGGCUGAUGUGGGGACUUAUACCAUUAAAGCAGCGAAUGACCCUAGAACCUUGAACAAAUCCGUACACAUAAGACUCCCUGCCAAUUAUUUGACCUUAAAUGAGGUCAUCUCUUUGUGGGAGAAAAAGAUUGGGAAGACUCUUGAGAAAACUUAUAUUCCAGCGGAUCAAGUUGUUAAGAUCAUUAAGGGGACUCCUAUACCAAAUAAUUAUCUUCUGGCAUUGUUCCACUCACAGCAGAUAACAGGAGAUGCAGUGUAUGAGAUCGACCCUGCCAAAGAUGUUGAGGCUUAUGAGCUUUAUCCUGAUGUGAAGUACACCACCGUCGAUGAGUAUUUGAAUCAGUUUGUCUGAUUUAUGAAAGACGAAGAAUUAUCUCACUGUCAUAUCACUAUGCUACUGCCUAAUAAAAUAAAUGCCAAUUUUCCUUUUUUAUUUAUUUUUUAAUAAAGGCAUUGCAUGCAGGUUUGUACUUUUGCAGCACUACCCGCCUACUAUUAUUUGUGUUAUUCACCAGAAAAAAAUAAUAUAAAAAAAAGUCUACCAUUGUUUGUAGUA